UUUUCCUUGGGAGAAGUUGAUGGUGAACUGCAGCCCUUCCUUCUGGGGAUAAAGAAUGUUUCAAAGGGAGUGUUCAGCACUCCAAAGGGUCUUCUCCACCCUCAGCAGUCAAACUCAUCCCUCGAACCCCUGCUACAGACCAUAUGCCAGCGCUCACACUGCUCCAUCAUGGCUGGAAAAACUCUGCUGUUUAUUGGAGCUGGUGUCUCAAAGAAGCUUGGAAUCUUCGUUAACGCCAAGCAGUAUGGCAUUAAGAGUAUUCUUGUCUGCUAUCAAGAUACCCAUCCUGCAUACAAGUAUGUAUCAGAAUACUUUGUGUACAACUACAUGGAUCACACACAAGAUGAAGUCCAUGCUGAGAAAAUUGUGGCCAUGCUGGAAAAGAAGGGUCUGCAAGCAGAUGGUUGUUUAACAUUCAUCUGCAAAAACACAAUUCUCUGUGCUUUGGUGAGGGCCAAACUGGGCCUGCCAGGGGAUACAGUGGAGGCCAUUUCCAUUGCCAAGAGGAAGAGCCACACCCAGAGGCAUCUGGCAACCAUUGAUCAGGGCUGGUGUCACCUUCCUGCCCCUCGGCAGUAUGCCGUCCGUUCUGCGCACUUUGAGGACCUGGCUGGUCUGAAGAGAACUGCUGAAACCUUUGGAUUUCCUGCUGUGGUGAAGCAAGAGUAUGGAGCUGGUUCUGUUUCUGUGAAACUGGUGGCGAAUGAACAACAAUGUGAGGAAUAUGUCCAAGAAAUGAUGGCCCUUAAAGCCAUGGAUCCUAAUGGUGGCUUUGCAUCCAGUCCAAUGGUAAUGGAGUAUCUUGGAGGUGACAAGUAUGUGGUGGACCUGGCGAUCUUCCAGGGAAAGCUGCUCUUGGCCUUCCUGUCUCAGUGCGGUCCCUCUAUCUUACCGUACUUUAUCAGCUCCUCCCACCUCAUGCCCUCUGGCAUCAGCCAGGAGAAGGAGGCGCAGAUGGUGGCUGCUGCCUAUCAAAGCUGCCUACACUGUGGUCUAGAGAAUGGAGUCUACAAUGUUGACCUCAAGCUUACUGAGUGCGGGCCCAAACUCAUAGAAAUCAAUCCACGCACUGGGGGGAAUUUCCUGCCCACUUGGAUAAAUGAGGUGUAUGGUGUUGAUAUUCACAUAGUGGCCUUCAUGAUUGCCUGCAACAUACAGCCUCAGGUUUGGACCCCUAAGCCAAGAGGAUACUUUGUUUGCAUAUCUUGUCCAAUAAAACAGCACUACCGUGCCAAGGAGAAGACACCAGGAUUUGAGGUCAUUCUGAAGGGUUUGACAGACAAAGGUCUUGUGAAAUCCAGCAUGAUCACUGAUGUUGUGGAUGACACGGCACCUGUCGCCACACUUAGCAUUGCAAGCUUCAGUAAAAGGAAAGAAGACGCCAUCAGCAAGAUCAUCUUGGCUUCCCAGAUAUUGAGCAUUGAUUCUGAGGAGUACCCUGUGAUGUACUUCCUGGAACCUUUCAUGUAGUUUUUCAUGGUUUACAGUAUCAAAUAUAGUUUCACGUCAAAAACUAGGCUCAACAUUGACUGAAAAAUGUAUGGAACUCAUUGAAAAGGUGAAGAAAACACAGGGCCAGCACCAUCUGUAUCCGUACUGCAGCUCAGUGAUGGCAAAUGUCCACCCAUGUAAUUCAAAAUGACACGUUUUCCUUUCAAAAUGAAUUGUCAUAUUCAUUCUCGAAAACUAUGAAUAGUCUUAUCAGGUUUUUAUUGAGUUUUUAAAACGUUAUUUUGUAGAGGUUUGUGCUAUGAAGUAGUCAACAAAAUAGAAUCUUGUCAAGAUCAUCACAUCCAUAACUUUUAUAGGAUAUUGAAAUGUAUUCUCUUUGGUUGUAGACUUCUUGAGGAUUAAAUAUUCUGGCAUGCUCUCAGUGGAUAUUAUCCGCUGCCAAAGUAAGGGCCAUAUGAUAUUGCAGUGUUAUAGACAUAUUUGUAGCUAAUUUUGUGGAUAAUUUGGGUGUGGGCAUCUUAAAAGUGUGACAUGUAAGGGUGUACAAUAUUUAGGUAGUUGAUUGAUUUGCUUGAAAUAUGUGUUAUCAGGUAUUCUAUCUGAAUAGAUGUGUAAUUCCCGUAAUAUGAACAUAACUUAAUUUGGGCCUGUAAUAAAAUAAUUAUAGGAACUACGUAGGGAUGCACCGAUAUGGAAAUUCUUGGCCGAUACCGAUGUUCAAAACAACAAUCUAGCCGAUAGCCGAUACCGAUAUUUAUUUUGUUUUGGUUGUUAUUCAUUCACCCUUUUGUGCCAGGAAAAUAAUUAAAUUAUUAUUUAAAAAGCACUAUUUUCAAUUAUUUGAGCCCUUUAUCACUCGUAUCUUUUAAUGAGCACAAAUUCAAUCAGAUUUAUGAAACAAUCUUUAGUUUAACUCAACUUUAUUUAAUAUAACCUUCUGUUACAGAAGACAUCCAGCUAUAUAGCCUUCAUAACUUUCAAUCACCAGUGCACAGUCUCUCUGUUGCAAACAAAUAGCACUUAGUGCCAGGGGCGUAGCUAUAGGGGGUGCAGCAGGUGCGGCUGCACCUGGGCCUGGGCCUAAGCUGGGGCACACUCGCACACCAUGAGGGGGGAAAAAAGGAAAAA